AUGAUGGAAAUUAUUCAAAAUAGCAGUGCAAUGCAUUCUUCCACUAAUAGCAGUAGCAGUGAGGUAGUGUACGGUGCUACUGGAUCAGUUAGUUCGACAGGUGAUGACACUCGCGUUAUGUCAGAAAAAGUUCAAAUGCUUGCUUCAUCCAUUUACAAAGAAUUCGAAACUAUGAUAGAGAAAAAUGGAGAGGACAGUGUCAAAAAUCUGAUGCCAUUGGUUGUUAAUGUACUGGAAAGUCUGGAUCUUGCAUAUUUGGAAAAAGAAGAAUGCUCAGUUGAUUUGGAAAUGCUUAAGGAAGAUAAUGAGCAAUUAGUGACACAAUAUGAAAGAGAAAAACAACUGAGGAAGGCUCAGGACCAGAAAUGUUUGGAAAUUGAGGAUUCACUAAUGGAGCAAAAUCGAGAACUUGAAAGUAAAAUUGAGUCUUUGGAGUCGAUAAUGAGAAUGUUGGAAUUAAAAGCAAAAAAUGCAUCUGAUCAUGCUGCACGAUUGGAAGAACGAGAAGCAGACCAGAAAGCUGAAUUUGACAAACUACACGAGAGAUAUAAUGUUUUGUUGAGGACACAUAUCGAUCAUAUGGAAAGAACAAAAUAUCUGAUGGGAAGUGAAAAGUUCGAAAUGAUGCAAAGCAUGCCUUUACCUUCACAACAGUUAAGAACAAAAUUGGGAAUGGCAACCUCAGUAGACGCAAGCACGAUUCGUGGUGUAUCUGAUUUAAUAAGCGCUCAUAUGUCACAGAGUACCACACUUGACGUCAACCUUGCCAAUCAUAUAAGCAGCGAAUCUGAUUGGCAUGAUGAAUUCGGCCAGAAUGCUUCUGAUAUACUACAAUCACCUCGUGAUUACUCCUCUUCAACCGUGCAAUCACCGCGUGAAGCACCUCCAUCACUUCCUGAUAACACUGUUCAACCUUCCACAUCCGUUCCAGCAGCAGUUGCCAUAACCAACGAUGCUGUAGAUUCUCUUGGUGCAGAUCUAACAGGUGCACUUGUUGAUCCGGCCGAGUUUGCUUCCGCGGGAAUGGGCCGUGAGGUGGAGAAUUUGAUCAAGGAAAAUACGGAAUUACUGGAAACGAAAAAUGCUCUUAAUAUUGUGAAGAAUGAUUUAAUUGCUCGUGUCGAUGAAUUGAGCAGUGAACAAGAUAUAUUACGUGAAGAGAUUCGAAGUUUGGAAAUGGUAAGGUCGAAGAUGAAUGAACGAAUAAAAGAACUCGAAUCGGAAGUGCGCGAUCUUAAAGACAAGCUAGAAGUUAGGAGUGAAGAUGAUCAGGAGGAUUUACCGAUGGCACAACGGAAGCGUUUUACACGACUUGAAAUGGCUCGUGUUCUAUUGGAGCGUAAUCAAUAUAAGGAAAAAUUAAUGGAGCUCCAAGAAGCUAUGAAAUGGACUGAAAUGCAACGUGCUAAGCGUUUGAAUGCUCUCAAUACUAAAAAGAGUAGUGGAAUCUGGGAAUUCUUCUCUGGUUUAUUUAUGCACGAGCCGCCACAUAGUUCAAAUCGUCGCAGAAGAACAGGUGGUAAUGAGCGUAAUGCCUUCCGUCGUUCUAGUACGAAAACAAUUGAUUUUAUGGAUACUGAUUAUUCAUCUGAAAAAAGGGCUGCAGAACGUCGACAGCAGUAUAAAAUUGUGAAGGAACAUAUGAACCGUGAAGAAAGUGAUCGUUUUCAUGCAUAUGGAUGGUCUGUUCCGGCGAUUUUUGGUGAACGUAAUGAAAAUGCUGUGGUACCAGUUCCAGUGUUCUGCAGACCACUCAUUGAUUUAGAUCCUUCAUUAAAAAUUUGGUGUUCAUCGGGUGUAACGUUGCAAGGAGGUAGAACAGCUGAUGGUGAAUAUAUUGUUGAUGAUUCGAUGUUUUGUUCAGAUUCUAAAAUUCCAGGAGAAUCUACUCCUCUUCGUAAAAAUUCGAUAGAUCAGCUUGACUUCAAACAUAAGGAGACAAUGGAGAAUGAGCACGAAGUGGAAAUGCUUGCAUGGAAGAGUUCAAGUAUGGUAUGGGUAUGCAGUUCGAAUCAAGGACAUAGUCAUGUUGUUAUAUUAGAUGCAAAUAAUCCAAAUAGUGUUAUUGAUACGUUCCAGGCAUGUUCCGCGCACGUUCUCUGUGUCUCAUCUGUACCAGGUGUUCAAGAAUUGGAUUAUCCUUCAGAAGAUGCAAAUUGGAAAAAUUUUUGUCGUGGUGGUGGUUAUGUAAAAGAUUUGCCAUCGGAUAUUAACGAGCAGGAACAAUUUGGUGCCGUACAAUGGGUUGAGUUGCGAAAACUUGACUCGGAUGAAGACGCUACAUUAACUUAUUGUGGCCCUGGUCAGAAACCUUCUCCACAACGCUCGCGAGAUUUUAGUGUUUGUGAACAGGUUGCACCGAGUACUUCCGAGAGUAAUCAAGGCCUAAAUCAGGUGAUUGAGCUCGUCAAAAUGGAAAACGAAGUGAGAAAUGAGAGCGAAACGAAGAAAGCUGAAGAUAAUGGCAUUGUGAAGAAGUAUAUACUUUUGGAAAAACAUAAUGAAGCAGCCGAUAAAGGCGCUAUUCUUGACACCUUGGGACAGACAGAAAAAGAUAGUGUUGGCACGUUUUCAACUCAUAUUAAAGACAGACUCAGCAAGUAUGAAAACUUAUCAGACAACAUGACAACACUUCCAACAAUGUGGAUGGGGUCUCAGAAUGAUUAUAUAUUUAUUCAUUCGGCGGUAUCAAAAUGGCGUAAAUGUUUGCGGCGUAUAAAAAUGCCUGACGCGGUCCUUUCCAUUUUACAUUACAAAGGAAGAGUAUUCGCUGCACUAGCUAAUGGAUCAAUCGCUGUUUUUCAUCGAGAUUCAAGUGGUGGUUGGUCUGAAGCAGGUUAUCAUUGCAUCACUGUGGGUCGCGCAACAAGUUCAGUGAGAUUCCUUUCGAUGGUAGACGAUCGUUUGUGGGCUGCUUAUCGCAACUGUAUUAUUGUCAUCGACCCAAAAGAACUUACAGUAAAGAAAGUUUUUGCUGCACAUCCGAGACGAGAUAGUCAAGUACGUCAUAUGGAAUGGGUUGGUGAUGGCGUAUGGAUCUCUAUUCGACUUGAUUCAACACUUCGACUUUACCAUGCCUAUAAUUAUGAACAUCUUCAGGAUAUUGAUAUUGAGCCGUAUGUCACGAAAAUGUUGGGUACUAACAAUCUGGAUUAUUCCUAUAUGCGCACUACUGCAUUAUUGGCAAUCUGUCGGCGUUUAUGGAUUGGCACAGGAACGGGUGUUAUUAUUUCAGUGCCACUCGCUGGAACUAAUGAAAACCGAGUUGAAACAAAAGCAGAAACACAUUCACAUACCGAAGAUGUACGAGGUCCAGGUGGUUUAAUUAGGGUUUACGGCGAUACGGCUAAUGAGAAAGUGUCGCGUGCUACUUUUAUACCAUAUUGUGAUAUGUCGCGUGCCCAGCUCUCAUUCCACGGGCACAAAGAUUCGGUGAAAUUUUUCUUGGCGGUCCCUGGUGCAAACACAGAUAUGUCAUCAGCAACCGCUGCGAAAUCUCUAGAUUAUACUGACAAGCCAGAUAAAUCAGCUUCACACAAAAUGCUUGUUGUUUCUGGUGGUGAUGGAUACAUCGAUUUUAGAAUGGGAGAAGAAGAGGAUGCUAUAGAUAUGGCAAAUGCAGUGCGAGCUCGAGAUAUGUCGCAUCUGAUUGUUUGGGAGGUAUCUACAAAACCGCUUUUUUAA